GCUUGCUUUAUUGGAAUGAGAGCUUACAAAGCGGGCACCUGUCCCUCGGGCAGAAUGACGUGCUGUUUGUUUCCGAUUUCCAAAUUCUAGAAGCUCUCCAAUCAUCGCUACAAUGAUCUGUUCUCCGAAGCGGAUGUGGGCAUAGCCGUGGCCAGCAACGCGAUACGCUGGAGUGAUCAAUUUGUAAUAUUCAUGUAAUCUACACGUAACGCUCCUAGACAUCCGCCCAUGAGGAAGCCCUCACUAUCCGCGUAGAGGGGAAGGAAAUAGGACGGGCGGAGCUCUCGAACUGGCUUGGCAAAUGUGAACACCAUCAUGAGAGGAUUGCCAUGGUGAAAGUCGUCCUCCAACCUUCACAACAAUGUCUAGCAGCACGAUGGCCACUCCUUGCCGUACAGCCAUGCGGCUACUUUCAGCUAGAUCGAGAUGCAUGCUACAGAAUCCUCGUCUCAAAUCGGCUUUGCCGCAGGCUCGCUACUCGUCAAGAUACAGCAACCCGGCAGCUCGCGCCACCGGCUCGACCAUCUCUGUCAAAGCCCCUUCUUUCCUUGACCAGCAUCAAGAGGCCGUCGAUUCAGAGGAUGCAGAGCACCGCCCGAUCAAUCCGCUGGACGAACUCGCCGCUCGUCGCGAAUUUGAAGCCAAACGCUCAAACGCUAUGCAGCGUAUGCGAUUUGCCGCCGUUGGUCUGCUCAUGAGUGUCGCCGGUCUUACCCUCACCCUUUACAAUCUCGACCUGGAUGAGUUGGAGAAGGGAGCAAACAAGAAAAAGGCCCAAUUGGAUGCCGGCCCGGGCGCCGAGGACUUCCAGGGUCGUCACGUUCACGUUAUUGGUGCUGGCGACGACAAGAGAAUUGUGGCAGAAGGUGACCAAGAGCUUGAUCUAGUCAGUACGGGUAGUGGUAGCGUUCCCUACUUCCCUCGUAAGAUUUUCUUGCCCGUCCCUGGCUCAGAGACCGCAAAGUCCGAAACUUCUCAACCCAACUCUCGAGUCAACCCUGGCAACGUCCAAAACCAAGAAGAGUACGCCCUAGUCGGUCUUGGUAUCCGCACUGUGACUUUCCUGUCUAUUGAAGUCUACGUCAUGGGCCUCUAUGUCCGUACGCAAGAUAUUUCAGCUCUUCAAGCUCGCCUUAUCCAUCUGAUCAACCCCAAUGCUUCUACUCUUGUUCCCGGCGAAAAGGACGGUCUCAAGCAACGCAUGCUCGAUCCCGACACCAGUGUAGAGAUUUGGGAGCAACUACUGCGCGAAGAAGGCAUCCGCUCAGCCUGGCGUGUUGUUCCUUCCAAGAACACCGACUUUGCUCACUUGCGUGAUGGCUGGGUCAACGGUAUCAAGCGCGCAACCAAUGAGAUCACCAGAGUGAAGCAGCAGAACCCCGCCAUCGUCACUGCGGACUACGAGAACGAGUCCUUCGGAGAUGCCAUGCGUGACUUCAAGGCCAUGUUCAGCGGCGGUCGCACUCCCAAGGGCUCUGUCGUUUUGAUGUUGAGAGAUGCACCAGGCUCCAUGGAGGUACUCUUCGAAGAUCCGGCCAAAGCUACCGGCAUCGAGAGAGUUGGCAAGAUCGAAGACCCCAGAAUCAGCAGGCUGAUUUGGAUGGGAUACCUGGCAGGCAAGAAUGUCAGCUCGGAACCUACGCGACAGAAUGUGGUUGAUGGGUUCGUUGGAUUCGCUGGACGUCCUGUCGGCUCCGUCGAGACCAUGGUCGUCUAGACUUGCAUAUACAACCGCUGUUAUACGACGAACAUGUGUAUCAGAUGAUUCUCCUACAUCGGCAAUAAUUGCAUCUGCUGAAUUUCCAAAUCACGUCGAGUCUUGUACUCCACUUCUCACCCUAAUCCUCCUCUCUGUCCAACGUCGACAUCCUUGAUCUGAAAUGUGCUAGACACUUGGACUGAGUAGUAUGGGUUCAUGCUGUUGUUGCAUAGCCUCCGCUAGGGACAUAGACAUUGUGAGUAAAAUCGCAGGUUUUGCUCGAGUAUGACUGGCUCUGGAGUUGGAAGGAGUCGGGUUAAUCAGGGAUCAUCUAUCGGACGACCAAAGGAACAGAUUACCGGCUGUCCCAAACAACGCGGGAGGUAUAUUCACAUUGCAUCUUGAGCGCGCGAUCGU